GGGGAGGUUCAUGACCUGAGUAAGACGUAAGAACAAUCUAUAAAUACAUAAGUAAAGCAUACAUUUUGACAUUGACAGAAGGUGGCAUCAUUUGGUGAACAUUCCAAAGCAAUUUUUAGUAGAAUUUUCCAGUUAGUUAAUAGCAGCCCACUCGCAGGUCACACAGGCCCCACUGUGACUAAAGGUUGACAGUUACGAGUCAUCUGACCUUGUUGUUGUUGUGAUGACGCAACACAAAAUGAUGCGUGCUUCAAAGUUUGUGUUUGUGUGUAUUGUACUGAAAGGAUUGUGACUUUGUGUCAUCAGCAACCAAAGUUAAAAUAUCGUGGGGACGGUGUGAACGUGCUAGCCGCUUGCCAACCACUUGCCGGUGGGACAAAAAAAGAGUGCAGUGAAGGGUUGACGUGGUCCGGUGAUGCCGCCCCCGGUCACUGGUCCCCCCGCCGUGCUCCCACCAGACGGUGGUUGGGGGUGGGCUGUGGUGCUGGCAUCGUUUAUCUCCAUAGGCUUCUCCUACGCCUUCCCCAAAGCCAUCACAGUCUUCUUCAAAGACAUCCAGAUCAUCUUCGAUGCUUCGUCCAGUCAAAUCGCAUGGAUCUCCUCCAUCAUGCUCGCCGUCAUGUACGCCGCAGGUCCCAUCAGCAGCAUACUGGUCAACACGUACGGCUGCAGGCCCAUCGUCAUGAUGGGGGGCUGCCUGUGUGCUGUUGGCAUGACCCUCGCUUCAUUCUGCACCAGCGUGGUGCAGCUUUACCUCUGCAUCGGCGUUAUCGGCGGACUGGGAUUGGCAUUUAACCUGCAGCCAGCUCUGACCAUGAUAGGAAAAUACUUCUAUAGGAAGCGUCCCAUUGCGAACGGACUGGCCAUGGCUGGAAGUCCGGUGUUCCUCAGCACCUUGGCUCCCCUCAACCAGUAUCUCUUCAACCACUUCGGCUGGAGAGGAAGCUUCCUCAUCCUUGGCGGUCUGCUGUUGAACUGCUGUGUGGCCGGCUCGCUCAUGAGGCCUCUGGGACCUCCGCCGUCUAAGGUGAAAAAGGCGGAAGCGGUCGCCACUUCAGAAAAGCGUACCGCCUGGGAAAUUGUCAACAAGUAUCUGGACUUGUCGCUCUUCAGGCAUCGCGGCUUCCUCAUUUACCUAUCUGGGAAUGUCAUCAUGUUCCUGGGAUUCUUCGCACCAAUCGUGUUUCUCUCCGCUUACGCCAAAGCCAUGGGCGUGGACGAGUACUCCGCCGCCUUUCUCCUCUCGAUCCUGGCUUUUGUCGACAUGUUUGCGAGGCCCUCAAUGGGUCUGCUGGCCAACUCGCGCUGGAUCAGGCCCAGGAUUCAGUAUUUUUUCAGCUUCGCCGUGCUCUACAACGGUGUGUGCCACAUUCUGUGCCCCCUUGCAGAGAGCUACACCGGGCUGGUGGUGUACGCCGUUUUCUUCGGCUUUGCAUUCGGCAUGGUCAGCUCGGUGUUGUUUGAGAGUCUCAUGGACCUUGUUGGUGCUCAGAGGUUCUCCAGUGCUGUGGGCCUCACAACCAUUGUGGAAUGCUGCCCAGUUCUUCUUGGUCCACCAGUAGCAGGAAAACUGGUGGACAUCACCAAGAAUUACAAAGUUAUGUAUUUUUGCUGCGGCGUCGUCGUGAUCGUGGCGAGUAUUUGGCUCUUCAUCGGCAACUUCAUCAACUACAGACUCUUGGAACGUGAGCGCAAACAUGCCGAGCUGUACAAACCGACCGGUACUGAAGACCCGGACGUGGUUCAGAAGGAGGCCGACGGUGAGGCGACGGUCAAGGAAGAGCGGGACGAGGAGAAAGGGGAGAAGCUUAUGCAGCGGGAAACCAAUAUGUAAAUAAAAGACAGGCAUUUUGUCUUACUGUAGCUUCCGUAAAAAUGGUCGGAAAUGAUCAAAAUGAAGCCAAGAGGUGCCUCGCGGUGUUCCACAAGGCUCUAUUCAGGGUCCUUUGCAACUCUUCCAAACUGCCAAAGCAACAACUACUGCUGAAAUGUAUCUAGAGAACAAUAUGACAAUUUAUACACGGGAAUGGCAUAUCAGAUCAAAUUAGAUGCUAAAAUGUUCAGAAAAGCUUCUGAAUAGAUUCCAGGUAUAAAUCAAUGAAUUUUCGGCAAACAUGUCUUUCAGUAAUUUAAACUUUUCAAUGUGGUAUUGAUGUGGUGCCACAUUUAUACACAGCCGGCUGCAAUUUUGGGCCGAAACUAGAAUGGUUACGAUCCAAAGAGCCAUCGUCUGUUCCUGAUUAAGUCUUGAAGUUUUCCACAUCUUCAGGUGUGGACGACCGCAAAGCAUUGAAAUGUUGCUGAGAGGGAAACGUUUAGCAACGGGCACCCCGAUGCCCUUCAGAGCACUGUAAGACUGAUACUCCUAUAACAAAGUAUGCUGCACUUAUUCAAAAGAGAAAAUGCCAUGUAUAGAGUACGUCAACUAACACUGUUUUAAUCGAAUCGACCUGAAUGUACAUCCCUCUGCAAGCCUUAAUAAGGUAUUACUGACCAAAGUCAUCUGUAUUUUGCCCCUUCAUUAUAUAGUGUCAUAUUGUGGAAAUCGGGAAGUGUGGAAAUCAGGAAGUGUAACUCUUGGCUAAUGCAUUGCCUUAAAUGUAAUAGAAGGAAAUGUUACGGAAAUGGUAUGUAAUCACAUGACAUGAUUUUUUGGGGGGAUGCUCUAAUGAGUGUAUUUAAAUCACAUGUUUUUUGUAAGUC